AUGCUGAGAGUGUGUGUGUGUGUGUGUGCGCCAGGCGGGAACGCGGCCUGAGCAGCUCUGUGCGUGUGUUGCUGUGCCGUCCCCUCCACAGCCCCGCCAGGCCCGCCGCACAGCACACCCGGCACACAGGCACACCUCCCCCCGGCCCUGCACCCGUGGCUCAAGGAAGGCCCUCCAGCACCUUUCCCCCGGGUCACACAGGUGUUCCCCGUGUGUGCUCCUCCGGGCGUGUUGAGCUGAGUGAGUCAUGGAUGAAGGAGGGGCAAAUGGCAGCCCGGGCACAGACACCUUGAGCAGCUCUGGCACACCCAGCACCAAUGGCUCGGAGAAGAAGGCGUCGCUGGGGGGACUACGGAACUUUCGGAAGGGAAAAGGACAAAUUUCUCUUCUGCGGUAUUUUCGCAAUGACAAGAAAGAGUCGGAGGAAGCCAAGAACUCCCAGACACCUCCAUCGUCCAGCUGCGUCAGUGAUGUGGACUCCGACCGUUCAAGAAGUCCAGUCUUAAACUCCUUCUCCAAGGUCAAGUCCCUAAACACAUCCUCCUCAACACUCCACAGCCCAAAGGACGAUUCAAACACCUCAUUAUCGGGCAAGGAUGAAAAGUUAAGUCCUAUAUUUAAGAGGAAAUCAAGCACUGAAAGCCCGGCUGAUGUCAACACAGCAGGCGGCGAGAGUGCGUCGCCCAGCGCCCCGCAGAGCACGGUGACGACGGUGAUACAGAAACCCUCGAGCACUGUGUCCGUGCGCUCGCUUUCCAAUCCCCUGUUCGUUGGUGCCCCCAGUCCAGAGGCCAAGGAGGAGGAGACUCCCAAUGAGGCGGAACCUGAUGAGUCCUCCUCGGAGAGUCCAUUGGGCGGCAUGUCCAUGAAGACGCUGAUCAACAAGACUUCCCCGACCAAGAGGACACUCGCCUCCCCGGACCUGGAUGAUAGCCAGGACAGCCCCCUCUUUAGGAUGAAGGUGGUGAAGCGUCCCAGGCUCUUGGCGUCCAGCGAUGAAGAGGAUGGACCUGAGAGCAAGAGGCCACACGUCAAUGGCCACAGAAGCCCUCCAGAGGAGUCUUCCAAGAAGCCAGACGAUGAUACCAUUGAGAAGUUCCUCGACAUGUGGGCGAUGGUGUAUCCCUUCGUGGAGAAAAUGGAGUGUCUCGAUGUGUACAGGGCCAAGGACUGGGAUGCCAAGGACACCAUGCAGGAGUUGGGCAGACUCAGCAAGGAGAGGCGGGAGGAGGCACGCGCCCAGAAGGUGGAGGAGGAAAAUCAGCGGAGGAAGUUGGCAGCAGAGAAAAAGGAAGAACAAAAGAAACAAAAAGCCACCGAGAAGGAGAUGGAGUCCAUAGUUAGAAAUGCAAUGAAAGUCAAACUGAAGGCUAAGCAAGAUGUUUGGAAAGCCAAGUCAGCCAACAAGGACAUGGAACAAGAUAUGGAUGAUGAGGGGGAGGACUACCAGGUGACUGGAAACAGAGUGUAUGAUAGUGAUGAAGACUCGGAGGGUGAGGAGAGCCCAGUGGUGACUGGCGACCGGCUGCUGGUGCUUCAGUUCUUCAAUGAGGCUUCAGUGGGGGAGUUGGCGGCCAUCGGCGGCUGCUCCAAGAAGAAGGCGGAAGUGGUGGUGCAGCUGCGGCCCUUCACUGACUGGGCUGACAUUGUUUACAAAUUUCAAACAGAGAAGUACGUCAGCACUGAUCUCCUCAAUGAAGCCAAGACUGUGUUGCAUGUCAGAAGCAGCGUCCAGAAGCUGAUGAAGAGGUGUGAGAAUAUUGCCAAGGAGAUGCAGAGUAUAGUGUCCAGGAUAGUGAAUGGCGAGGAGGACGCUGGCAUCAGCAAGCAGCCAGAGUUACUCAACCCCUCGCUGCAGCUGAAGGGCUACCAGUUGAUAGGCCUGAACUGGCUGGUUCUGAUGCAUGAACAGGGGCUGAAUGGAGUGCUGGCUGACGAGAUGGGGCUCGGCAAGACUGUGCAGGCCAUAUCCUUCCUGGCCUACAUCAAGGAGGCGGAGGACCCGGAGAAGCAGAGCCUCAUCGUUGUCCCGUCCUCCACACUGGACAACUGGGCCCGUGAGCUGGAGACGUGGUGCCCAUCGCUGGAGGUGCUGCACUACCAUGGCUCACAGGAGGAGCGGCGGAACAUUCGCUGCAGCAUCAUGAACGGCUCGCUGGAGGCGGAGCCCGACGUCAUCCUUACCACAUACAACAUGGUGACCACCAGCACUGAGGACAGGGCUCUCUUCAAGAAGCUAAGAUUCCACACCAUCAUUCUAGACGAGGCUCACAUGCUGAAAAACAUGGCUUCCCAGCGAUAUGAAAACCUGAUGAAGAUUAAGGCUUACCGUCGCAUCCUGCUGACGGGCACGCCGCUGCAGAACAACCUGGUGGAGCUCAUGUCCAUCCUCAUCUUUGUCAUGCCGCAGCUCUUUGACAGCAAGAAGGAGGAACUAAAGAAAGUGUUUGCCAUGUUCCCGAGGGGUGACAGCAGUGGCAGCAAAGGGCGAUUUGAGCGAGAAAGAAUCGAACAGGCCAAGAGGAUAAUGAAACCUUUCUUCCUGAGGCGACUCAAGUGUGAUGUUCUAAAGGACCUGCCGCUAAAGGAGGAUGAAGUCAUCUACGCACCCAUGUCAAAGCGCCAAAAGGAGAUUUAUGAGGAGACUGUGUCUGUUCUCAGUAAGAAGGCUCGACAGCACCAAAUUGAAUUUGAAAAGAUGGACAUAAAGAAGCUGAGUGAAGUGGAGGAGCUUGAAGUGACGAGCGGCUCUGUGAAGGGAAAGGAGAAGGAUACAGACUCCAGCUCCAACGUGGUGAUGGUGCUCAGGAAGAUUGCAAACCAUCCACUACUUGUCAGGAGACACUAUACAGACACCAAGCUGAGGGAGAUGGGCAAGAUCCUCAAGAAGACGACCCACCGCGACUCAGUAUUGGACAUCAUUGUGGAGGACUUCUCAGUCAUGUCAGACUUUGAGAUCCACAACUUCUGUUGCCAAUACAAUCACAUCCGUCAAUACCGGCUCGGCGAUGAACUCAUUCUCAGCUCAGGCAAGAUGGAGCAGCUGGACAUGCUGCUCCCUAAACUAAAGGAAGAAGGUGCCCGAGUAUUAAUCUUCUCCCAGUUUGUCAUUGUCUUGAAUAUCCUGGAAAAAUACACCAAGUUGAGGGGACACAAGUACCUGAGGUUUGAUGGGACAACACAAGUGUCUGAAAGGCAGGAACUCAUUGACCAGUUCACGGAAGAAGAGGACAUCUUCAUCUUCCUCCUCUCAACCAAGGCUGGGGGGCUUGGGAUCAACCUGACAGCUGCCAACACAGUGAUCCUCCACGACAUAGACUUCAACCCUUACAAUGACAAACAGGCAGAGGACCGCUGCCAUCGUGUGGGACAGACAAGGCCCGUGAAGAUUGUCCGCCUCAUCGGCAAGGGCACGAUCGAGGAAGGCAUGCUGCAGAUUGCUCAGGAGAAGUUGCAGCUGGAGCGGGAAGUCACAGGUUUGGAAGAAGGGCAGCAGAAGAGGGAUGUUGGAAUGUUGCUGAAGGCAGCACUGGGUCUCGUGAAACCUGAGGGACAGAGUUCAUCUUCCACCUCUCAGAGUAAUCAUUCCCAGAGUGAUGACUCCAAACCUGACAACACUCAGUGUGAAGACUCCCAGGGUAGUGAGGGUCAGGGUGAUGAUGACCCCCACAGUGAAGACUUGUAGUAAUCUGCAUCUUUAGGCCAGGCAUGUAGAUGUCCCGUGAUCCUUGGUCCAUUUCCACGUCUGUGUGUGUCUGUGGCAUAGGCUUCAGUGUGCAUCCAUUGUGCAUGUUGUGAAGCUCAACUUUAUGAUCUUCAGAGGCAGGCAACAGAACACCAGGUCCUUGCUCUAUCCAUCCCCCAGCCACAGCUAGGACCUGAUUUUCAAGUUUCACAUGGAUACAUGAAUUUCUGGGUAAUCAUUCCAGGCCCACAACUAAGACUAAAGUUAACUUCCAGUAAGGUAAAUUUUGCUCUUACGAGGGUGCCCAUAUCUUAUUUCCUACCAUACACACCACUCUUUGUUGUCAUACAAUUUUUAUGCUAAUCUUGAAACCUCUUGGAAAGCCAUAGGAAACAGAGUUGAGAUAUAUAGUGUGAAAACAGCAAUGAAAUUUGAAAACCCACAUGGCCAUGCACAGUAAUGCAACCAGACUUGUGGCUCACCACGGUUUAAAUAAAAAUGGAGUGUCUACGCUCUCUUUUACAGGGGAGCUUUGCCCCCCUUGACCCUCCUUAGGGUAAAAGACAGAUAAAUGUAUUGUUAACCUACUGGGGACUCUGCUCCCCUCGACCCCAUUGUGUUUGCACAUUUCAUUGCUCUGGGCUACUUUGCCGCCCGUGGCCACGUGUUUGCAUUCAUAUUUCGUUGCUAUUUUCACACUUGUUUUGAUCCAUGUGCUGUUUCCUAAAUAUUCCAAGAUGUUUGAAAGCUACUACAAGAUGUAUUACAGCAUAAGUGUAGUUCAUAAGGUAGGAAAUGAGAUAUGGAAAUGUUGAUAAAACUAAUCUUGACCCCCAAGGUAACCUUUUAAACUUGAAAAAUAGAACAUAAAAUCCCUGGGUGGUGUGACUCUGUCAUGUGCACCAGAUGCUGCAGGGCAAGUUUAGCUGGGGCUCAUCUGGGGCUGGGCAAGGAGGGGGGAGUGCUUUACGUGGAGAUUCCUUUUGCCUCAGGCAUUUUUUAUUUAUUCCUUGUUCUUUGAUACUGUAUGGAUCGUUGUUUUAGCUGUACCAUACUCAGCACUUGGAUCUUUUACACUUUUUCUUGCUUGGAGAUGAUUUCUUUCUUAAUUUUCAAGAUAAUCAACUUCCUCGCAAUUUUCUGCUCCUGACAAAUUCUUUUGCACAAUAAUUGCUAUUCAAAAUAUUUUCACUGCUAAAGGCAAAAAUAUGCAGACACGUAACCGUCGCCGAACAUAAAAACUUUAGAAAACAUGAUGGCGACAUGUCACAGGCUUAAGGCGUCCUUUGGCCAAUGUUCCUCUGUGUUCAUUGUAGCUUCUUAAUUUUAUCAGUAAUGUCCUUUUUAUAGCAUAAUUAAUAGUAACAUUCAUUUAUUACAGCACACCCCAGGGAAUUUCACAUUUUGUCAAUGGCAUGCUGCGCAAUACACCAUCAAAAGGGCCCAGGGAGAGGAAGGGUUCCUGGGUGGGGGAGGGGAGGGGAUGGGGUGUGUAGUAGUAGUAUAGUUACUGCACUCAAGUCUGAGGUGUGCAUUAACGUGCUCUGGCAAAUUGCUGUCACAUGACCUGUCAGAUUUUGUGGAUAGUAUGUGAUGGCCUACCCAUAGGAAAUAGGUGUCAAUAUCAGUGGUAUGCAGGGACCAGUGACAAAUAGUCAGUUAUGGUUGAUUUUGAUGAUUUUGAAUUUCCAAUAUUUAAUAAUAAUAUUGCAGACAGCUGUUUUGUUAGUUUCACUGAUUAUAUAUUUAUCAAUAGCCUAGGAACUGCCCUCAGUGGAGUAAAAUACAACAAAACAGUGGUCUGCAACAUAAGGAUUUGAAACUACAUAUCGACUAUAAUUGUCAGUAGUCAUCAUUGUUCCUGCAUAUUACUACCUAAACUGGCACCUGUUUCAUAUGCCUCGGCCAUCAUAUAUUAUCCAUGAAAUCAGACAUGCUGUGUGACAACAGGUUGCCAGAGCAUGAUUAUGCUCACUUCAUACAUGGGUGCCACAACUUUAGUAUCAAAUGAUCUGUUGGUGUGUAUAGGGAGGGAGAAGCCACCCAGAUACACUGAACAAGGCCCCAUGGGGUAGUGGGAGAAGGGAUGGUGGGGGGGAAGCUCUCUUUGGCCUUAAGGGAGGAGAAAAUAUGCUCUGACACAACCUGAUAUAACAGUUCCUGAUAUAACAGUUCACACUCUACAUUCCAUUCACACCAAGAGAACUUGCCGCCAGUUGUUGACAACUGGUGGACGAUGGCUAGGUACAGGACUCGCACGCUGAACGAGGUUGGCUGACAAUCGUCAGAUAUAGGGGAUAAAGAGUUAAAGGAAAGAGAAGUGUUGCCAUCACUGCCACAGCCCUAGCAGUGGCAGAAGCAGUGGAUGUUUCUCCACCUUUUCCCAUGAGCUCAAUUUCUUGUGACACAGAUGCUGAUGCUUUCUUGGACAUGGAUCACGGAUCACAGACUAACAUGCCAAAACUUAGGUACCAAAAGAAUUGGCUGGGUCAUCACAUUCACCUGGAACGUUGCCUUACCAACACAGGAAUGGGUACAUGACUAGCUGUCCUAAAAGUGUUGACAAUUUGAAAAUUAUGUCUAAUUAAACUAAGGAGCUUUAAUUUUCUUCUGUUAAUUGUAUUACUUUAAAAUAACAAUCUGUAAAAACACGCAUACACAUACACAUUGGUACUUUUUUCAUUCUUUACAUAUUUGGAAACAAUUAAAAUUAAUAUUGAACAACAUUUUGCAAAGGACACACAUUUCCCGCCAUAAUGGCCAAACUAAAUUUUGAAGGUGGCUGCCAUCACUCAUGGCCAUUACCCAGAAGGGGGUCCCUGCUUCCUGAUAACAUCUGAUGAAAACAGUAAAAAAUGGCACCCAUGUUCAAGCUCUGGCCAAUAUGGCGGCAAUACAUAUUCUUUGGAAUCACUGAUUUCGUUCUUAUCAUUCUCUUGCCAUCAUUCAGCUGGCUUUUAUCAGAUUAUUCCCAAAAUUUGAUCAUCUUGAGGAUGUUUUUACAUGUAUCUGGUGAGUUGUCAGUCCACUUUUUAGAUAUCUUCGUCACGAACAGACAGACAAAGAAGAAAGCAUUAUUUCCCUUUUUGCUCCUCAAAGGCGGUUGAUAACAAGAAAGUUUUCAAGAACCUUUUGUUUCAACCUGACACAAGCAUUAGUUUUGAAGAGCAUGAUGAUCCAGACUUUCCUUUAUUUAUUAAAUGUCUCCAUAUUUCUAUCACUGUUAUUUUAUUUUUUUGGUUAUUUUUUCAACUUUAUGUAUUACUUUUCAUAUACGUAAUAUAAUUUUAUAAUAAAAUGGAACGUCUC